GGGGGUGGGGCCCCUGCGGGGGUGGGCUGGAUGGGUGCAAGAUGAGCCACAGUCGCUGGAGGUGGAGGAGGGAAGAGAGGAAUGCGAGGGAGGCAGGACUCUGUGGAAUCGGGAGAAGUAGAAGGGGCUGGGUAGAUCUGGAAGAGAACAACUCGAAUAGCGAAGUCGGACGCAUCGGUGGUGACGAUGAAUGGACAGUCCUCAAGGAGGUCUUGGAACCUGGUGUUCAUAGCCGUCUGGAAAGUGGCGAGGGCAUUACGGAGACCGAAAGGCAUGACGGUAAACUCAUAGUGCCCGAAUCGAGAACGAAAAGCAGUCUUGGGCUGGUCCUCCUCGGCUACACGGAUCUGGUGAUAUCCGCUACGAAGAUCGAUCUUCGUGAAGAAAUGGUGGCCGGCGAGGCGGUCAAACAGAUCAUCCGCACGAGGCAUGGGAUAGCUGUUUUUGACCAUGUAGUGGUUGAGACCGCGGUAGUCAAUACAGAGACGAAGGGUGUCGUCCUUCUUGUGAUCGAAGAGGACCGGGGCACUCCAUGGGGAAGUACUCGGUUUAAUGAAAGCCCUGACCAAGCAGCUCCUCAAGUUGGCGCUCGAGUUCCUGGCUUCGGGAACCGAAAGGCGAUAUGGGGCGCGAUUCUGAAUGUGAUAGUUGGGUUCAAGCUGGAUGUGGUGCUCGAUAUCGCGCAUGGGAGGGAUAAUGUUGUAAGAGACAGAUGGUGGGAAGACAUCACGAUACUCGCGAAGGAGGGCACCAACGCUAGGCGGCAAGGAAGAGAGAAGGGUGUCAAAUUCCUUGGCAGCGGCGGCGUAUGAAGCAAAGGUAGAGGGAGUCUGUGUGGAGGUAGGGAGUGAGGGUGUAUCCGUGGUAAGGGAAGCGA